GCGGCGCCGCCCCAGACCGGCGGUGUCGGCGGCGGCGGCAGCGCAGAGCGUGCGAUCAUGUCCGGUCGGGGCAAGGGCGGCAAGGGGCUCGGCAAGGGCGGCGCCAAGCGCCACCGCAAGGUGCUGCGCGACAACAUCCAGGGCAUCACCAAGCCCGCCAUCCGCCGCCUGGCUCGGCGCGGCGGCGUCAAGCGCAUCUCGGGGCUCAUCUACGAGGAGACGCGCGGCGUGCUCAAGGUCUUCCUGGAGAACGUGAUCCGCGACGCCGUCACCUACACGGAGCACGCCAAGAGGAAGACGGUCACGGCCAUGGACGUGGUCUACGCGCUCAAGCGCCAGGGCCGCCGAGGCCCCCUCUCGGGGCACGCCACUUCGUUCUGUUCUCUCAUAGCGAUGGCGCGCACGAAGCAGACGGCGCGGAAGUCGACGGGCGGCAAGGCGCCGCGCAAGCAGCUGGCCACCAAGGCUGCCCGCAAGAGCGCGCCGGCCACGGGCGGCGUCAAGAAGCCGCACCGCUACCGGCCCGGCACGGUGGCGCUGCGCGAGAUCCGGCGCUACCAGAAGUCCACGGAGCUGCUGAUCCGCAAGCUGCCCUUCCAGCGCCUGGUGCGCGAGAUCGCGCAGGACUUCAAGACCGACCUGCGCUUCCAGAGCUCGGCCGUCAUGGCGCUGCAGGAGGCCAGCGAGGCCUACCUGGUGGGGCUCUUCGAGGACACCAACCUCGCAGAGCGUGCGAUUAUGUCCGGCCGGGGCAAGGGCGGCAAGGGGCUCGGCAAGGGCGGCGCCAAGCGCCACCGCAAGGUGCUGCGCGACAACAUCCAGGGCAUCACCAAGCCCGCCAUCCGCCGCCUGGCUCGGCGCGGCGGCGUCAAGCGCAUCUCGGGGCUCAUCUACGAGGAGACGCGCGGCGUGCUCAAGGUCUUCCUGGAGAACGUGAUCCGCGACGCCGUCACCUACACGGAGCACGCCAAGAGGAAGACGGUCACGGCCAUGGACGUGGUCUACGCCCUCAAGCGCCAGGGCCGCACUCUCUACGGCUUCGGCGGCUAAAGCCUCGCCUUCCUACCGCACCAGCAACCCACAAUCACAAAGGCUCUUUUAAGAGCCGCCCACCUAUUCCUUUGAAAGAGCUGUAUUACAAUGUUACCGAGAUCUGCAGAGAAUGACGAUACUGUUUCAUUGUUCUUUCUAAAACUGGUAUUGCUGUCUUACGAAUGCUCUAUGCGAGCUCUGAAAUGUUUCAGUUCGCUGUUAACGGGGAAUUUGUCAUUGCUAUAAGCGGUGGUUCUUGGGUGUUCCUAAUUCUCUUAUAAAAACCGCUUUAAAUGCUCUAAUUAAAAUUAUAAGUGUAAUUUCCCAACGUCAGCCGAUUUACAAUUAUCUGAAAUGUCAAUCCAUGUCUUGAUUUUUUGAAAUGUGAUAAAAUAAAUAUAAGGAAAUUUAAACGAA